GCGGACUUUGGGGUCAGGGUGCGGGCGCCAGCGACAAGGCGGCCCCCGGCGACCUGCUUGGUGGCCGACAGUUGCCCUCUCGAGCGAACCGUCAGCAUCUGCACAAAACUCACCUGUGGUGGAGCGUUCCAAAUACACCCAGUGGGAGAGCCGAGCUGCGGGAGUGAGAGAUGGAUACCAACUCAAAAGACAGCGAGCCUCUUGAAACCAAGGAGUCUGCUCUUCAUGAUGCUGAAAAUACCUCUUUACUUCUGGGAAAUGGGAGGCUUGUAACUCAGAAGCAUGCACCCGAAGUGACUCUUGAUGGUUGCACACCAGAUACUUUUAAAUCACCCUUGGACUUUUCCACAGUAACAGUAGAGCAAUUGGGAAUUACACCUGAAAGCUUUGUAAAGAACUCUUCCGGAAAGUCACCAUCCUACCUUAAAAAAUCCAGACGACGCUCUACAAUUGGUGUUCGGGGCUCCCCUGAAACAAACCAUCUUAUUCGUUUCAUUGCUCAGCAGCGGAAUUUAAAGAACACUGAGCGAUCUUCUUCGACACAGACUUCUCCUUUUCUGGGCAGUCCUGUACUCUAUCGAAAUGUUAAUUCUUUGAGAGAGCGAAUGUCUGCCUUCCAGUCAGCUUUUCACUGCAUAAAGGAGAAUGAAAACAUGAUGGGCUGUCCUGAAUUCUCAGAGGCAGAUGGAGAAGUCAAGACAACAGGCUCAACCAAAAAGGAAGGUUUUGGGCAGUGUCCACAGUUUGAGUUCGCUGCCGAUUUAUCUUCCAAACGUCGAAGGAUAUCCUCUCCAGGCGACUCUGAUGGCAACCUCCCUGACGCAGUUCAUCUCCAGAUGUCCAGUAGAGCCACUUCUCCUCAUACGGGCAUAGCGUGUGCUGCUGAUGCUCCUCUUGCGGAUCUCCCUGAGAAAUCGUUUGAAUCUGGUUCAGUACAGUCUGGAUAUUUGGUUGAAGAGUCUUUUUCACUUUCAGAUCUCACAGAGGCUUCAAGUGGCGUCAGGGUUGCUGAGCAUGUGGAGGGCAAGGGACCCGGGGUUGCUGUUUCACUUGACAACUUGACAGAAAUGAGCACAGAUGCAGCUCCUCAAGUCCGGUCACUGGUCACUCCACCCUGCAAGAGGGCUGCUGCGUCCUCCGAGACCAUCGUACUUCGUUCCGUGCUAAAGAAACCCUCUGUUAACCCACUUCUAGAAAGCCUGCAGGAACACUGUGACAAUCUCUGGGAUGACGGGACUCAUCCAAGCUUAAUCUCAAAUCUUGCGAACUGUUGCAAAGAACAAACAACAGAAGGUCAAGAAAACUGUAAAGUGCCAGCCUUUCUAAAUGUCAGGAAGAGGAAGAGAGUUACUUUUGGAGAGGAUCUCAGCCCUGAGGUGUUUGAUGAGACUUUGCCGGCAAAUACUCCGUUGCGGAAAGGAGGGACACCUGUUCGAAAAAAGGAUUUAAGUAGUAUCAGUCCCCUGCUCCUCGAGCAGUCACCGGUUCCUGCGCAGUUAUCACAGCCAGAUUUUGAUGACAAGGGGGAGAAUCUCGAAAACAUAGAACCUCUUCAGGUAUCAUUUGCAGUUCUGAGUCCUCUUAAUAAGUCUUCAAUCUCUGAGACUCUUUCAGGCAUUGAUCCCUUUAGUUCUUCAGAUAACCAUGAGAAGACAGCCUCCCUUAAAGUUGGUAGAAUAACCCGGGCCUCUAACCGAAGAAGUCAGUUGAUCACUUUUGCAGAAGAGAAUGUUUGCAACUUACUUAACACAGAAGCUCAGCCCUGUAAAGAAAAGAAAAUUAAUAGGAGGAAAUCUCAGGAAAGCAAGCACACGGCAAGAGUACAUCCUAAAAAGAGUCAAGCUCUAAAAAGUUGCAGAAGGAGGAAAGCAAAGGGAAAGAAAAGUGUUCAAAAGUCUUUAUAUGGGGAAAGAGACAUUGCUUCCAAGAAGCCGCUCCUGAGUCCUAUUCCCGAGCUGCCUGAGGUCCCAGAGAUGACGCCUUCCACUCCAGGUGCCGGAAUGAUGUGUUCAGAUGAUUUUGACUCCAGUGGUGAACUUCAAGAAGCAGAGCUUCCUCACAGAAAGAAUAUUUUGCCUCAGAAGCUAGAAGAUUUGCAGAGUCAAGGUUUCAAUAAAUCCGAUCUGUCUGCAUUCUGCAGCUCUUACACCAGAAGUUCCUCGCUGCUUAUCGAUGCUGACGCUGCAUUAGGGCAAGAUUUAAAUGGAAAUACCGUCGAAGCUAACAAACAUAAAGCUCUUCCAAAAGCAGAGGUGAAGUCAGAAAGUGAAAACGAGUUGAGAGCUGGCCCUGAGAAUGAGAGCAGCCCUGUGGCCGCAGAGGUCCUGGCAUCAGAUGAUGCGGGAGCCAGUACAACCCUGCCGUCCCGGGAACUGGCCGCCGCCGGUCACAAUGUGGAAAACCUUUUCCAAAUCUUUAACAUUUCAGAUGACGUGAACAUAAAGUACGAAAAGCAGCAUGACGUUGUUACAGCCUCGGAAGGGAAACUGCCGACCACACAUGCAACAUCUGGCUCGCAAAAAGGUGUCUUCAUUGACAGUGUAAGAGAAAGUGCACAUCCAAGUGCGGGUUCGGGAAGAAACUGCAGAGAGAGUAGAAGCCCUGGAACAAACGGGGGAGGAAAGAAGCGUAGACGACGCUCUCUGUGUUAUUCUGAUGGCCAGAGUUUCUGUUUGGGAAAAAACGGAAAUAACCCCUCCUACCUUGUGAGCAGCCCUGUGGAAGCGGGUUUAGGAAAUUCUGACCUCUAUAAAGAUUUAUCGGACUCCAUAGAGCAGACCUUUCAGAGAACAAGUAGGGAAACCAAAGUGAGACGGAGCACCAGGCUGCAGAAGGAUCUGGAAGACGAAGGGCUGGUCUGGAUCUCACUCCCAUUUCCUUCCGCUCCCUGCCGUUCCCAGAGACUGAGGAGGAGAACGGUUUGCACAGUGGACAGCAGAGGCCUCGAAAGUGUGGCCCUCCCUGAAGACACGGAGCCUUCUGGACAGACCCUGAGCACAGUGCUCCCUGUGUUCGUGUCGGGGGAAGAAAACAGGGAUGGCCUCGCCGCCAGUGCCUUCAGUUUACCUGGGAGGAGGAGAAAGAGCGUGUGCACAGCCACCCUCGCGAAUACGAAAGGUCCCGCUCAGCCAAAAUGCUACAGAAGAAGAAGCUCUCUCCACCAGAGGAGGGAGUGCUCCCACGGCGUCCAAGGGGUCAGGCACAGCGGCAAUUGAAGCAGUAACUGGCAUUUCCUAAAGAACGUUCAGCAGCGGAGAAGGUAACCCUCCCCCUGUUCCCACCUCCGGUGCCCAAAACAUUUCUUUCAUCCCGCUUCUCAUCCUCUGUCCAAAGUUUCAAAUAAAAUCAUUUGACUUAAACCUUUUUUUAA